UCAAGAGGCGCGCGAACAGGACAUUUUCUGCUUUCGACAAUUAAUAUGCAUGCAUCAGCCAGUUAACAGUUCACUUUAGAUAAUCAUGAUGUGCUGAAGUCGUGUUGCCAAAGCCACACGAUAUUCUGCUGUAGUAGUGCAAUCUGAAUACAUCGCCAAUUUUAUCAAGAAAAUUUAGAAACUCAUCACACGGAUUUAACGCGUAGUGAGAAGUAAUUUUUCCCGAUGAGAUUUUUCAUGUGCCAACGAGAUUUUUGAAAAAGAUUCAGACGAAAUGCAAGAGGGUGGUGGAUAAUCUAAACUGAAAGGCUUGUCCAGGGUAUUUGACAGACAUUAUGGAUUCGCUGUGAUUUCUGAUUUACAGUCUAAUAAUUUCCUUCUGUCGAAUGGCUGCGACUCAGACUUCGAGUGUUGCGAACAUUUGAAGGAAAAUACAUUUUGCACACUGGGGAUUAACUGAAACCCUAGGAGUGGAAUAAAACAAACCUGCAACGCUUAUUGCAGUGGCUUUUGCGUUUUACAGCUAGAACUGCGACAAUGGAACACACGGGGAUCGAAGAGGUGAACCAAACCCACCAGCAACACGAGCCCAUCAGCUUUGGAAUAGAUCAAAUUCUGAAUAGCACAGACCAGACCAGCAGCUGCAUGCUGCCGAGCCGAACUGGUGACACGGACUACCAGCUAGCGUCCAACGUGUACGCCAAUGGUUACAACAGUGUGUACAAUCCGGCCUGCUCCAUGGCGGCAGGGCUGGCGGGCUCCUACAAUGUAAACAUGAACAUGAACGUGAGCAUGAACAUGAACGUUAACGUGAACUCGGGAAACGCAGGGGGUGUUAUUCGUGUACCGGCCCACAGACCAUUGCCACCGGCGGCUCAUCCGCCUCCCCCUUCCCAUCCGCCAGGCAUCGCAGCCGGCUUACCCACCGUACCCACGGUGCCAACCAUGGGCAACCCAUCGAGCUUCACCUUCCCGUGGAUGGAGAGCAGUAGGAGGUUUGCGAAAGACAGACUGACUGCCGCUCUCUCUCCGUUCUCUGUUACGAGGAGGAUCGGACACCCGUACCAGAACCGCACGCCACCAAAGCGAAAAAAACCUCGUACGUCCUUCAGCCGCGUGCAGAUCUGCGAACUAGAGAAACGAUUCCACCGUCAGAAAUACCUAGCCUCGGCGGAGCGCGCGACGCUCGCCAAAGCGCUGAAGAUGACGGAUGCGCAGGUCAAGACUUGGUUCCAGAACAGAAGAACAAAGUGGAGGAGGCAGACGGCAGAGGAGCGCGAGGCAGAGCGGCAGCAGGCCAACCGACUCAUGCUGCAGCUACAGCAGGAGGCCUUCCAGAAGACUCUCAGCCAACCCAUCCAGCCGGACCCCCUCUGCCUCCACAACUCCUCGCUCUACGCCCUGCAAAACUUACAGCCGUGGGCGGACGACAACAAGCCCGUCUAACAGAGGGUGGGACUCUGUUCUCCCAUCCAAUCCGAAACCAUGGAUUCGCCCAUCCAGACGGCUGUUUGUCUACGUGCAAUUUGGCACCAGAGGCACCGAUUUAGCCACCAACUCGUUUGUUCUUGUUGUUUUGCUUUGAGCGCCAUACAAUGUGUUUGUGAUGCAUGUUCCCUGUGUCUCCUGUGCGUAGACAGGGACUGAAGAUUGUGAGUUUUGUUAAGAUCGAGUUCUUCUUUACCCGAACUUUGCAAGCAAUUACGAAAGUGCUCCCUAUGUAUUCUUCAUGACAUGACAUUUAAAAUUGUUUUAUAUUAAA